AGAAUCGAAUAUCGCAGUACCUGGGGAGUGGAUUUUCCCUCUACAGGAGGGUCCACUUGAUGUGGACGUAGCAGCUCAGUCAAAGAUCCGCAUGGCGACGGAAGAUUUUCUGCAAAUGAGUUCUAGAUUCUGUGAAAAUGCAGAAUCAACAGAGGGAUCAUUGUCGUCAGUCACGGAACCUUCCCCAAUUUACGUUCCAUCACCAUCUGUGGAAACUGACGUCGAGGCACAAGUCGCAACUGACACUACCAUCAAUCAAACAGGGUCUUAUGGCGACAAGACAUCCGUUCCAGAAAGGCCUCGUCGCAUCUACCUGGAUGGACAAAUGCAACUAAAUCUUGAGGGACCGGGACGAGACCCUAUUGUUCUCUUUACCUUUCUUGACACGGAGGUGAAGAAGGAUGAAAGCAUUCUUUUGCAGAGUGGUGUCCAUGAUGUCCCUCAGAACUUCCAAUCCAUUCACAUUAUGUCGCCCAUAUUCCAAUUCCUCAACUCAUUUCUUGCAUUCCCCUCGCAACAAUGCAUGAACACUGACCUCAUGGCUUCGCGCAUCUUUAAUGUCUUCUCUCUUGCUUCUGGAUUCUCCACACCUUUCAACUUUACCUUUCGCCUCCAAGUUACUGACCAUGGUAACCUUGUGGUAAGGGGGGCUCUCUUGAGGCAAAGCUCCACCGAAGACACCUAUAGAGGAUCCAUAACCAUUGAGGUUUUUCCAGAGGGCGACUUCACUCCACUGACCAGCACUUUGGUUGGCACCGAUGGCAUCUUUCAAAGUGAUGAGAAGCACAGCAGACUCAUAAUUUACGAGAAACGCUGCGCGGGAAGACUGGAUUUUGAACCACAAGUCUACACUUUUAAGACAGGAGAGAAUAAGACGGUGACUGUCCAAGUGUAUGGGAGCGGAAAUGCUUUAGUGGAGGAUGGGGCGUGCAUUCUAGCGGAAAACUCUCUGAUGGCCAAAGGAAAAAAAUUUUUUGUGAAAAUGGAUACUCAGGGUUACUGCAGAGAGGACUGCCGGUCCGGAAGUGGAUGCUCAUUUUAUUGUGUGGAUAUGCCGGCUCUCUACGCCAAUACACCUGGCUCUUGUGAUUGCGUCAUUUGUGAACAGGAAAAUGAAGUUUGCGUGCCCGAGGGUAGCUCGCACUCUUGCAAAUGCAAAGAGGGUUUUAAGAGAAACGAAAAUGGCGUAUGUCAAGAUUACUCAAUUUACGUCUUUGUUUCGUGUUGUGAACUAGAAGACAGAAUACAACUAAGAAUUGAUUCAGUGUGUCAACUUCAUCUGGAUGCUGGGCCUUGUAGAGGCCGCAUGAUUCGCUACGGCUUCGAUUCCCAAAUAGGUCGCUGCAGGGAAUUCACCUACGGUGGUUGUCUAGGCAACGCCAACAACUUUGAGACCUUGGCGGAAUGUGAAGCUAGGUGUGGAACAGCAAGUAGUGGUGCGAAAAGUGAAGAUGAAAAUGAUGACGUCUGCCAGCAGCCCAUAAUUCGGGGUCCAUGCCGAGCCUCUUUAAGCCGGUUCGCCUACAACCCGUCAACAGGAAAUUGCGAAGCCUUCUCAUAUGGUGGUUGCCGGGGCAACCGAAACAACUUCGAGACGAAAGAAGAGUGCGAGCGUCGCUGCCUAGUCGCUUUUGCAAACCCGUGCACGACUGUCCGCUGUGGCUACAAUGCUCAUUGUGUGAAUGGGACAUGUCACUGCAAUGAGGGCUACGAUGGCGAUGCACGUUAUGAGUGUCGUCCUGUGUAUGCAGACGUUCGGUGUGGAUACAAUGCGCGAUGCAGCGAUGGGGUCUGUGUUUGUGAGGCCGGUUUCGAGGGCGAUCCCUACUCGCAUUGUCGCCAAAUUCCCGAUCGCUGCGCCAACGUUCGAUGUGGAUACAAUGCGCGAUGCAGCGAUGGGGUCUGUGUUUGUGAGGACGGUUUCGAGGGCGAUCCCAACAUCCAAUGUAACAGAGUGGCAGAUCCCUGCGUGAACGUGCGAUGUGGUUACAACGCGCGAUGUCAAAAUGGCACGUGCUACUGUGAACCUGGAUACGAUGGCGAUCCGAAUUACGAAUGUCGAUUGGUUGGCUCAGGUUAG